AUUUAAUACCUUAUUUAUACAUAUAAUCUGUUUUCGGAAGCUUUCUAGCAGGCCUCCUACUUGGAGCCAUGGGCUCAGACCCACUUGCAAACCGGCUAGGCUGAGUUUCAAACUCUGGCCGUUCCAAAAAAUCCUCGACGGCAUGGGCUUACUAAUAAAACUGUUGUUAACAAAUUUCUGUUGCUUCUUUUGUGUGACUGACUAUACACUACUCUUUGGAACCAACCUGAUGCGAAUAUAAGGGUCGGUAGUGCCCUAAUUCUCCAAAAUUAAAAAAAAUUAAUCUCUUCGAUACAUAUUUAAUUUUAAAUAAUUAAUAGGAAUGAAGCAUUUGUCGCACAAUCAUAAAAAAGAGUUAUAAUAAGAUUAGAUAAUUUCGCAUAAAAAGAUAAAAUGCGAUCACUGUCCUAUCUACUUGGCUCACUCUCACGAUACUUUCCCCAUUCUCAAUCGUCAUCUACUCCUCACCUCACCUUUCUCCUCCGCAGCAUGGCCACUUCCGCCGCUGCCGGUCCCAUUAACCCAUCCAACACUCGUCUUGGAUGGAUUGGGACUGGCGUCAUGGGUCGAUCCAUGUGUGCUCAUCUGAUCAACGCUGGCUACUCUCUCACCGUCUUCAACCGUACCCUUUCCAAAGCCCAACCCCUCGUUGACAUGGGUGCCCGCCUAGCCCAAACACCUCACGACCUCGCCGCCCAAUCCGAUGUCGUUUUCUCCAUCGUCGGUUACCCUUCCGACGUCCUCCAGGUCCUACUCGAUCCCUUUAACGGAGCCCUCUCUGGCCUCCGUCCCGGCGGCAUACUCGUUGACAUGACAACAUCGGAGCCUUCUCUCGCCGUCGAAAUAUCCACCGCCGCAUCUUCCAAGAACUGCUCCUCAAUCGACGCGCCCGUCUCUGGCGGCGACCGAGGUGCCAAGAACGGGACACUCGCGAUAUUCGCUGGGGGAGACGAAGCCAUCGUCAACCGCCUAAACCCCAUCUUUACCCUCAUGGGAAAAGUUAACUACAUGGGGCCUAGCGGGAAAGGCCAAUUCGCGAAAUUAGCUAACCAAAUCACCAUAGCAUCGACGAUGGUGGGAUUAGUGGAAGGAAUUAUUUACGCCCACAAAGCAGGGCUGAAUGUGGCGUCGUUUUUGGAUGCGAUAUCGACCGGGGCAGCUGGCUCAAAGUCGUUGGAUUUGUACGGGAGCAGGAUUUUGAAGAGGGACUUCGAUCCUGGUUUCUUCGUGAACCAUUUUGUUAAGGAUUUGGGGAUUUGUUUAAAGGAAUGUCAAAACAUGGGACUUGCUUUGCCCGGUCUGGCUUUGGCUCAACAGCUUUAUUUAUCACUUAAGGCUCAUGGGGAAGGGAAUUUGGGAACCCAAGCUCUGAUUUUGGCUUUGGAGAGGCUUAACAACGCGACCCUUGGUUCUUAAACCUGGUAAACUGUUAAUUUCUAGUAAUACUACAUUGAUGAUCCCUAUUAGAUACUAUGCCAAACUUAAAACUAUGCUAUGUGAUGGUUGGUUUCAGUCUUCAGUUGUUCUACUUAGUUUUGGUAGCUGAUUGCUUUGAUAUGCUACCAUUUACAGUCCCCAUUUUAUGGUUUUUGCUGCUAUAAUUGCUGUGAAUGAUGAACCAUCUAUAGUUUAUAGACUUUUUUUCCCUUCUCUACUUGAAAUAAUAAUCAAUUCCGAGUGGAAGGGCUUGGGUAGGGGUUAUAAGCUAUGGAAGACAUGUUCUGCGAUAAGAGGGCAAUGCUAUCUCUUCAAUGUUACAAUCUUUAGAAAUGGGCAGCGAGCACAUUCGGUUUUCAGUUUUAAUGCCUGCCAUUGUUGUGACACACAAGUGCAUGCAUACAGGCACUCGAUUCAAAAAGGUUUAUCUGUCUAAUAACAGGAAGCGGACCAUCGCUUGAAACUAAAGGAUUUUUUACCUUGUAAGACCCUGCCAACAUCUCACAAAAGCAAUCUUUCGGUACGGAGUUGGCAGGGGUGGGAUCUGUAUUAAGAAAAGUAGUGUCGUUGGCAGUUUUAGUAUCGUCAUUGGCUCAAGUUUUCGAAAAGAUAAGUAGCCGACCAUGAAACAUCUAAUGACCCAAAUCUCAAAAUGUUGAUAAAAUUAUUAUUAUGCAGCGAUUUCACUCCUUGGACCUCUCUAACCAUACAUUACAUUUCUUUUCGGAACCGGUUUAGGGAUUGAUGACCGAAGUUCCUUGGUUUACUAUCAGCCAGCCACUCAUGACAUUUGAUCGUUGCUUGAUUAGACACUCCGGAUGACCAUAACUUACACAUUUGCUGGCAUCUAAGAGACCAUAACUUGGGAUGAGUGUGGACUACGAAUGCAAAAGUUGAAAAAACUGAAAGAAGAAAGAAGAAAGCGAAAUUCCGAAUAGCUGUGAUUCUUUAAC